AUGAAGACUGCCUUGUUAAUCGUACUUUUUACAGCAACAGCAAAUGCUUUGACUUGUUAUACGUGUGAUCAAGACACUUGCCAGACAACGCCAAGAGUUGAGGGAUGUGAUCCGACUACAAAAUGCUAUACAGUCACAACAAAACCCGGAGGAGUCGUGUUGAGAAAGGGAUGCACAAAAUCUUGCUCUUAUGAGGCGAGCGAAGGAAGCGAUCUUGAUUGCAAAAUCUGCGAUGGAGAUCAAUGCAAUGAUCAAGCCGGAAAUCCACCACCACCAAGCGAGAACAAACCAUCACCUCCACCUGGCAUUGGUGGUGGUGCUGUGCCCGACGCGAAGCCUUCCUCCUCAUUCAAAUCAAGCAUUCUUUCAUCAAUUUUCUCUUUCCUUCUCAUCAUCGCUUUGUUU